UUCUUUCAGUCGAAUUAAGUAUUUUGCAAUUAAAAUUCGGAAAGCACUAAGGAGACAGUUUUUCAGCAUGGCACCUGCGAAGCCUGCUGUUAAUUCCGGGCGGAUAAAAAAUUAAUCUUUGAUGCGUUGAAGUUUGAUGGCUGACUGAGAUCGUGUAUCAGGGAACGUUAUGUCCGCAUAGUGUGUUUACGUUACAUCAACAUCAAGCGAUGGCGCAUUUGUAUUCAGGGCGGCAGAUUCCUGCCUCAAGGCCGGCAAAACAGGAAGCUGAAUUCCAGUCUUAUCCAAGAAGUUUCCCGCAAUUCGAUCUGAACAGUCGAGCGGUAAAGUUACCGCCAAUUAUAAAAAAUGAACUUCUUGUUGGUCGAAGUAUCGGACAUCCAUCACCAAUUUCUACAGCAUCAAAUGCAAACGGGCAUACAUCUUUCCCGAAAAUUUCCGAAACCACGAAUGAAACAGUGCCACGGCGGCAGAAAACGAAGAGUCUUCGCGUUACAGUGAAACAUGUAGAGAAAGCACCAACCAAUUAUCCGAAUUCUUACAAAGUUCUUCCACCUAUUGGACAGUCAAAUGUGUGGCGACCAUACAACAAAGUAUCUUCUACCAGGAGUAUCCUAAACGCUCCAAAAUCCAACCAAGACAAAAUAAAUGGUCAAAGGAGAAGCUCGUCACAAAGAAAAUGCUCUGACAACGGACUGUCUCCUUCACCGAAAACUAGAUUCGCUGAAAACCAACGGAUUUAUGCGAGAAAUGACGCUUCAAGACAAGAAGAUGGUAACAGACAGCAAAGAACGUUCGAGAGUCGAAUCGAACGGCCCCCUAUGAAAACGUUUGAUACAGUUCCUGAACAACAAGACGAUCAUUUUAAUCACGAAUUCGGGGAGAAAUUGCCGAGCGUUUCUAACGAGGAUGUCGAAGUUACACCGUGUGAGGGUGUCCAUGAGUUGGAAAAACUAGAAGUGAGCAAAGACGUUGUCGAGUUUCUGGCAAGUAAGCAAAGUGCGCGAAGAGUUGCACUGUGUGUCGAGAUUGAUCCAUCGUUGAAAAAAGCUGUCGAUAUCAUUCGAGAUAAUUUACUACGUCAAACAAUGGAGGAACUGUGCAUGUUAUGGUGAAAAUUUUCUUGAGCCAAUAUAAUUGUAGAUAAAUUAACCAGCGGGAAUUCUGGUGUUGGAUUGACGAGGUUAAAUGGGUGAGUUUUUUUUAGAAAUUAAAAAAUAAAUAAAAUUUAAAAAAACUUAGUUCAGUUUUGCUAUCAAUUGACUUUUAUAAUAACAUUUAGCUUUUUUAUUUGUGUGAAGGAUGAUUCUUGGUCAUUUUCCAUAAAAUGUUUACACAUUUACCUCCGAUUCACUACAUUUCAGCUGUAACAGCAACUCAUGGCAAACAUAAGGUGUAAAACUAAUGAGAUAUAAGUCGAAAAUUUAUGUGAUCUAUGGGUGGGAGAAAACACAUAAUCAGGUUUAAAAAGAUCUGCGCUAUUUGUAAUCACAAGUGAUUUCGUCAGUUGGAGAAGUUCGACACGGUUAAAGUUCAGAAUCGAUUUUAUAAUACAAUAAUGUGUUUGGUAGGUAGUUACUUCUUUAUAAUUUAAGAUAGGUUAACAAGGAUUAAAAAUUUAAAGCA